AUGACAACAACAUUUCCACCAGAAGAGGGAAGUGUUCGGAAUGAAUUAACCUUAUUUAAAGGAUUGUUUGGAAUUUGUUUAAUUUUUGGGAUUAUUUUAAUUGUAAUUACACUGUCAUUAGGUUAUAAUGUUUGUACGAGAGAUUUACAAAUUAUUGAGGAAAAUAGUAAAUCUAAAGAAAAUUGGAGGAAUACAAGAAGACUGACUUCGCCUCCUUUUAUUGAAAGAAGAGAAGAAUUUGAACGAGUUUCCAAUUUUUAGAAUUUUUUUAAAUUUAUUUUUUAAUUUAUUUAUGCCUCAUUUUCUUUUUAUUUAAAAUAAAAUAUUUUAAAAGAAUGUCCAAAAACAGGGAUGGAUUAGGGGGGUGUUUAAAAAUAAAAACAGAGUUCAAAGUAGAGAUCGGACUUUUAGUGGUCGUUCAAUAAUAUCAGUAUCGGGGAGCAGGUCAAUGUACCACGAGCCCAAUGUAUCGCAAAGCUAAAACUUCGUUAAAAAUAGUCGUAUCCGGCACGCCUUGGUGUGGUUCGAUGCAUCUCGACGAGCUGAAUUGAACCAUAUCAGGGCGUUCCAGAUUCGACCAUUUUGAACGAAGUUAUAACUUUGCGGUACGUCGGCCUCGCGGUACGUUGGUAAAAAUAUCGUUCGAUAAUAUAACGAUAUUUUCCAUCGAUAUAUCGUAUAGAUCUGGUCUCUAUUUCAAAACGGGUCUAGAAUUUUUCCAAAAAAUAAAACAGAGUUCAGAGCGAAUUAAAAAAUUUU